AGAUUGACGUCACAGAACAACCAACUCCCGGAAGCUGGAAGUGACUUGGUGGUGUGACUUUGUUUUUAACUUCUUCGUUUACUUUCUCAAGUUUUUAGGAGCUCAAACGUCGCGGUGUUUGAAUUGUGGUGGUUUUAUUAUUGUGAUAAGUUGUUACUGUAGUGAAACGUUGAGUUAGUACGAACAGGACGUCAUCACUAACUUUAAGAUGUUAGCGUCGAGUUUAAUGGCUAACUACUGCGCGGAGCAGCACGACGAGGAGGCGCUUAAAGUUGAUAGAUACCUGCCCCAUCUUCAGCUGUCGGAUCAGACGAUCAUGGACGUGUCUGUGAGAUUUCGACGGGAGAUGGACAAAGGCCUGUGCAGAGACACCAACCCUGCAGCCGCUGUGAAGAUGCUGCCCACAUUUGUGCUCUCAACUCCUGACGGAACAGAACAAGGUGAAUUUCUGGCCCUUGACCUCGGCGGAUCUAACUUCCGAGUGCUGCUGGUCAAAGUCAGUGCAAACGACAAGCAAGAAGUGGAGAUGGAAAAUCAGAUUUAUGCUAUUCCUGAAAACCUCAUGAGAGGCAGUGGGUCUGAGUUAUUCGAUCACAUUGCUGAUUGUCUGGCUGAUUUCAUGGAGAAACUGGGCAUAAAGGACAAAAAGCUUCCUCUGGGCUUCACCUUCUCUUUCCCCUGUCAGCAGACCAAGUUGGAUGAGAGCGUUUUGCUGUCUUGGACCAAAGCUUUCAAGGCGGGCGGAGUCGAGGGAAAAGAUGUGGUCGGCCUUCUGAGGAGAUCCAUCAAAAAACGAGGGGACUUAAAUAUUGACAUUUUAGCUGUGAUCAAUGACACGGUGGGAACCAUGAUGACCUGUGGCUUCGAUGAUCCUCUCUGUGAAAUUGGACUCAUUGUGGGAACCGGGACCAACGCCUGUUACAUGGAGCAGAUGAGAAAUCUUGAGCUGCUGGACGGUGACGAGGGGCGGAUGUGUGUGAACACGGAGUGGGGGGCGUUUGGAGAUGACGGCGCCUUGGAGGACCUGCGCACUGAUAUCGACCGUGAAAUAGACGCUGGCUCUUUGAACCCUGGAAAGCAGCUGUUUGAGAAGAUGAUCAGCGGCAUGUACAUGGGGGAAAUGGUGCGUCUCGUCCUGGUGAGGAUGACCAAAGAGAAGCUGCUGUUUCAAGGAAAGACGACAGCACAGCUCCUCACAACCGGGCGCUUCAAAACCAACUACAUCUACACCAUCGACACCGACAAGGAUGAAGAAGGUCUUUUGAGUGCUGAAGAGGUGCUUCGAGGCCUGGGCCUGGACCCGUCGGUCAAGGACUGCAUCGCCACACAGAGGGUGUGUCAGAUAGUAUCCACACGGGCUGCACACUUGUGUGCGGCGUCUCUCGUGGCAUUGCUGAGGCAGAUCCGCGAUAACAAAGCGGCGGAGAAGCUGCGCGCCACGAUCGGAGUGGAUGGCUCCGUUUACAAAAACCACGCAGAGUUUUCCCGUAGGCUCCACAAGAUGGUGCGGCGACUCGUGCCGGACUGUGACGUGCGUUUCUUGACAUCUCAGUGCGGCAGUGGGAAAGGUGCCGCCAUGGUAACGGCGGUGGCCUAUCGUCUCGCUGCUCAAAACGCCGAGCGUCAGAGCAUACUCGACACCCUGCGUUUGAGCCACGAGCAGCUCCUGGAGGUGAAGAAGCGACUGAGUGCAGAGAUGGUGCGAGGUCUGUUGAGGCAAAUGCGUGACCAGACUAGUCUUAAGAUGCUUCCCACCUAUGUGAGAUCCACACCCGAUGGAACAGAGCACGGCGAUUUCUUGGCCUUGGAUCUUGGUGGAUCCAGCUUUCGGGUGUUGCUGGUGCAUUUGAAAAGUGGAAAAAAACACACCGUGGACAUGCAGCAAAAGAUCUACAGCAUCCCCCAGGAGACCAUGCAGAGCACCGGGGAAGAGCUUUUCGACCACAUUGUGAGCUGCAUCGCAGACUUUCUGGAGUACAUGGGCAUGAAAGGGGCAUCCCUCCCUCUGGGAUUUACAUUCUCCUUCCCAUGUCAUCAAAGCAAACUGGAUCAGGGCAUUCUCCUCAAGUGGACAAAGGGCUUCAAGGCCAGCGGCUGUGAGGGCCAGGAUGUCAUUGUAUUACUGAAAGACGCCGUCCGCCGCCGACAGGAGUUUGACCUGAACUUUGUGGCGGUGGUAAACGACACGGUGGGGACGAUGAUGACCUGCAGCUAUGAGGACCCCCAAUGUGAGGUGGGACUCAUUGUAGGCACGGGGACCAACGCCUGCUACAUGGAGGAAAUGAGGAACGUCGAAGUGGUGGAGGGUGAUGACGGUCGAAUGUGCGUCAACAUGGAGUGGGGAGCGUUCGGUGAAAAAGGCGAGCUUGAUGACUUUUGCACCGAGUUUGACCGCAUCGUCGACGAGAGCUCUAACAACCCCGGGAAACAGAGGUAUGAGAAGAUGAUCAGCGGCAUGUACCUGGGCGAGAUCGUGAGGAACGUGCUCAUAGAUUACACCGCCAAGGGCUUGCUGUUCAGAGGCAAACUGUCCAAGCGGCUCGAGACGCGGGGAAUCUUUGAGACAAAGUUCCUUUCUCAGAUCGAGAGGGACCGCCUGGCGAUGCGACAGGUGCGCUCUAUCCUGCAGCACCUGGGCCUCACCAGCUCCACGUGUGACGACAGUGUGCUGGUGAAGGAGGUGUGCAGCGUGGUCGCGCGCCGCGCAGCUCAGCUCUGUGGCGCGGGUUUGGCUGCCGUGGUCGACAAGAUACGGGAAAACCGCAACCUGAAUCAGCUCUCCGUCACCGUGGGAGUGGAUGGCACCCUCUACAAAACCCACCCUCACUUCUCCAGCAUCAUGCAGGAGACUCUGCAGGAACUGGCCCCGCAGUGUCAGGUGACUUUCCACAAGUCGGAGGACGGGAGCGGGAAGGGAGCGGCUCUGAUCACAGCUGUGGCCUGUCGGAUCCAGAAUGGAGGGCAGCUCUGAAUCUAGACUCCUCGGUGGUGGAACGGGGUAGAACGAGAGCUUCAAACAACUGACUUUGUGUCCCGGGUCACCAAAACAAAGUCCCCCACACAUCCCGACCUGAGUCUAGAUCUGUGAUACUGACGUGGUCUAUGUGACUGAUUCUGUGUGUGGGGUUCACAUACACGUUACCAGAUGUUCCUGUGUACCUUCUUAAAUUAUAGUUCAACUUGUGUGUUUGAGCCGCACCUUCUGAGAAGUAUGACUGUUACAACCCGGGGGGGGGGCCUUUUUGUCUUAAUAAUAUUUGAGUUCAGGGUCAGAUGAAAAGUACGAAAAUCAUGAAAGAGCGCUUCAUGGAAAUCAGAGGCGUCACCAAACACAAAGAACCUAAAUGCUGAAAUAUCCACAUUUACAAUCACAAUAAAGCUCAAAAGCGACCCCCCACUUUUAUUUUUUGGCGGCUCUGAUCCCAGAAGUAAAUUUACCUCGUUGAAAUCCUCCAUCGACAUUUCACAAAAUCCUGAAAUCAAGAAAUUGAAGCCUUUAACCAUGACAACCAUCUACCCCUAUACUAGUGACUGAAAAAACAAUUGAUUCAACAAAGGAAGGUAAAUCACUCCACUUAGAGAUAAACUAAAUAUGUAUAAAGUGAUCCAGAGAGCUGUAUUAGUAAACGGUUUGAUACCAAAUUCAAAACAGCACGCUGUUUUCUAAAAAGCAAAAGAGAUGUGUCCGAGUCGAUGUCUGAUACAAGGUCUUUGUGCUGUUUUCAGGUCCAUCAGAGGAUUCUGCAUCAAAACACUCCUGCCUGAUGUUGGCUUUAAUGUUCUUCGUUUUCUAAUAAAAUGUUUGUUUGAGCUCGGUCUCUUACAGAACCUGAAUUUGUCAAAGUAGAUUAUUGUUACUGUCACAGUUUUUAACCUUUAUGUCUCGUUUUACCUGAAAUCAGAUUUUUCUGCAGCCAAAAACAUUUUAGUGUGAUUAAAAACAUGCCUGUAGGGAAUAAAUUUGAGUAUUAGAACGUCAGCCGUUGAUAAGAAAAGGUGUUGAACGGCAUUGACUGACUCACAUUAUGGAACCAAAUGGAAGUCGUACAAAACAUUGAAAGCAGCGUAUCCUGCAGGGAAAGCUAAGAAGAAAAACACUGAAACAAAAGAGUCAGGACUUCCUUAAAGGGGAAACUUAAUUAAAGCACACCGAUCUGAAAGUAAGAGGGGCGAGGAUUAGUGGAACUCCUGAGGGGAGGGGGAGUAGAUAGAAUCUGUGUUCCAGUUCGUCUUUUCUUUUGCCUUGUUGGUUUGAUUUAUUUACUUAUUUUAGUUACUUUAAUUUAGAAAAGAAAACAAUAUAACUGACGAUCUUUGACGUCCUGGUUUGGAACUGAAAGAAGAUUAAUUAACUGACUCAAAUCUCGUGGACUCAAAACCAUCAACUCAACAUCCAGCUGUGAGACGCCCACACACUGUUAGAAAAGAACGACGGAGAAUUAAGGCCACGUUAGAAAAAAACAAUCUAAAAUUUAGCGAUCAAAGUCGUUAAUUUACAGUAAUAAAGUCGUACUUUACACAUACGAGUGUAAAGUCAUUAAUUUAUGAGAUUAAAGUUGAUAAUUUAUGAAAAUAAAAUCUUAAAUUUACAUUUUUAAAUUUAGUAAAUCUUUUAAAAUGUACUAAAUUUAAGACUAUCCUCAUAAAUGUACGACCUUCAAUUUACGAUUUAACCCCGUAAAAUUAGGUUGUAUGUUUAUUACUUUAUAUUCACAACUUUACUCUCAUAAAUGUACGAUUUUAUUAUUGUAAAUUUACAACUUUAUUCUCGUAAAUUCACAACUUUAUUCUCAUACAUGUACGACUUUAUUCUCGUAAAUGUACAAGUUUAUUCUUGUAAAUGUACGACUUUAUUCUCGUAAAUGUACAAGUUUAUUCUUGUAAAUGUACAACUUUCAAUUACGAUUUAAUCCCGUAAAAUUAUGACUUUAUUCUCGUAUAUUUAUUACUUUGAAUUCACAACUUUAUUCUCGUGAAAGUGCACCUAAUUUGGGUUAAGAGACUUUCAUCUCGCAUGACUAUUCUCGUAAAUGUACAAGUUUAUUCUUGGAAAUGAAUGACUUUAUUCUUGUAAAUGAACGACUUUAUUCUCGUAAAUGUACGACUUUAUUCUCGUGAAUUCAUAACUUUAAUCAGGAGAGCUCAGAUUUGUUCCCCUUAAUGUGACUUUAAUUCUCCUUCGUAGAAAAGGGAAGAAACUUGGAGUUAUAAUUUAAUUUUUUCUUCACUGUAUAAAUCCUUUAUUAUCACACCGUAAUGUUGGAUUAGUUCUGAGUUUGAAUCCUAAACUGAAUUGUGUCUUUUCUCGUGUCUCCUUUAAGGACGAAUCCAUUAUCCACAGAACAAUACUACAAGAUGUUUCCUGUUUUUAUUAGUGAGCUACAGACCACUAAUAAAUCUGUUUCCUGUCUGAACAUGACCACGAUCACUUCACAGUGUGGCUGUCAUCAAGCAAAAGCAUUCACAAUAAAUGUGUUCUUC